UAUGCCCUCGGUCUCUGGUUACGAAUGGGGUGCUGACAGACCAUCGUUAAUGGAUAUUUAUAGGGCUCUGAUCAGGACGACAAUUGAUUGCAGGUGUAUAGUUUAUGGAACAGCGGCGAAGACUUGGCUUCAGAAACUGGACAGAAUCCAUUAAAUAGCUUUAAGGAUAUGUAUUGAUGCGUUUAAAUCAACAUAUGUAUGUGCUUUACUAGUGGAGGCUGCUUUUGGAUAUAUGCCGUAAAAAAUUGUCAUUAGCUUUUCGGAGCCAGUGAGUGUGGUGUUCAAGGUGUACUGUCUGUCAGUGAUGACAAUGGUGGCAGCAACUUACACUGUGGUAUUACGAUACACAAGGACCAUAUCAUCAACAGCUAUGUACUUCUCUACAACAGCAGUAUGCGUCACAGAGGUUAUUAAAUUGUUCUUGAGCCUUGGGAUGUUGACCAAAGAAGCUGGCAGCUUUGGCAGGUUAAAAGCAUCCAUAGUUGAACAUGUGUUUCAGUGUCCAAAAGAGCUGCUGAAACUGAGUGUUCCCUCUGUGGUCUAUGCGAUUCAGAAUAACAUGGCCUUCAUAGCCCUGAGCAAUCUUGAUGCAGCUGUGUAUCAGGUGACCUAUCAGUUGAAGAUCCCGUGCACAGCCCUAUGCAUGGUCCUAAUGCUGAACCGCUCUCUCAGCAGGCUGCAGUGGUUGUCUGUCUGCAUGCUGUGUGGGGGUGUUGCUUUGGUCCAGUGGAAACCUGCAGAGGCCACUAAAGUCCAGGUUGAGCAGAACCCUUUUUGGGGGUUCAUGGCCAUUGCUAUCGCUGUAUUCUGCUCCGGAUUUGCAGGUGUGUACUUUGAGAAGGUCCUGAAGAGCUCAGACACAUCCCUAUGGGUGCGGAACAUCCAGAUGUACCUGUCUGGCAUCGUGGUCACCCUCGCUGUUGUUUACAUGACUGAGGGUACUCAGGUUAUACAGAAAGGCUUCUUCUACGGUUACACGCCUUGGGUGUGCUUUGCAGUUUUUCUGGCCAGUGUCGGUGGUUUGUACACAUCAGUGGUGGUGAAGUACACAGACAAUAUCAUGAAAGGCUUCUCUGCUGCAGCCGCCAUCGUUCUCUCUACUGUGGCAUCCGUCACUCUGUUUGGGCUACAGAUAACUGUUAACUUUGCCAGUGGAGCAAUGCUAGUGUGUAUCUCCAUAUACCUGUAUGGACUCCCAAAACAAGACACCACCAAGCUUCCAAGAGCAGACAAGGAUGCCAAGCAGAAACUAAUCACUGUUUGAGGCCUGGAAGAACUUAAACAUUUUUGGCCUUUCCUGACCACUGAGCUGGACCUGCCCGAGGCCCUCUGUUGCGUAUAGAAUAAGAGCGUCAGCAAGGAACUUUAAUUUAUCAUUAAUGCUGGAGCAUAAAUUAAGGGAUUUUAAAAUACACUUCAAUAUUCUGUGGCGAUUGUGGAGCUGAGGCAUAAAAAUUACCUGUUUUUGUUGACUGUGUUACUGCUGUUAGUCACGGACAAUAGUUACGAAUCUUUGUCAGUCAUUCCACUUGUCACAGUACUAAAUGUAUAUACACAGCUGACAAUCUCAUUAUUGUAGCUGUCAUUAUCUAUAAUACAAUCUUGGGUCGUCUGUUUUGAACAUUCAAAAUACAUUUGUUGACUCAAUGUUAAUGGCAAUAAAUCUGAACUGUUAUGCAUUGCCA